UUGGAAGUAAGCUCUGUUAUAUGUUCAAUUUUUUCUAAUAAUGAGACCAAUGUUCAAGUACCUGAUGACUUUUCCCCUGUUCCAGAUUGAUGCUCAUGUUGGUGGUGUUAAUGAUAUUGCCUUUGCUCAUCCUAAUAAGCAACUUUGUAUUGUCACAUGUGGUGAUGACAAGACAAUUAAGGUGUGGGAUGCUGUAGCUGGACACAAGCAAUAUAUAUUUGAAGGCCAUGAAGCUCCUGUACAUUCUGUCUGCCCCCAUUAUAAGGAGAAUAUUCAGUUUAUUUUUUCCACUACCAUUGAUGGGAAAAUUAAAGCAUGGCUCUAUGAUUGCUUGGGAUCGAGAGUGGAUUAUGAUGCCCCUGGACUUUGGUGCACUGCAAUGGCAUAUAGCACUGAUGGAACCAGGUCUUACUUUUCUCAAAACCCAGUUUUGACUAGUGCCUUCUUAUUCUUUUGUCUUCUUCACUUGAAUUAUAUGGGUAUUUAUGGGAAUGUCUUUGAUUCUCUAUACAUUUCUAUGAUAUGUGAGUUUGUUCAUUCAAACUAA